AUGGGAAUCCUUUCCGUCUUCGCUUCGGGGAACUACGGAAUUGCAUGUUACCAGGUGAAAUAUACUGUUAUUCCCAUUGAGAAGUUCCCGAAGCUGAAUUCCUUCUUUACCUCCGUAGGCCCGGCCGAUAAGCAGCCAUCACGUGCCGGUCGAUCACCCGCGUUGGUUCCGUCGACUUCAUCACCAGCUGGACUGUUCCUCAAUCCAUCUUAUGAUCCACUUCCUCCAAACACCCCUCAUCCUUGCCCCCCUUUCGAGGAUUCGCCCUUUUCCUGGACUAUAGCUGCAUUUCCAAACACUGCGACCUCAGCAAGCUCUUCUACCUUCGCUAUUCCACCUUUCGUUCAACAUCCCAUCGCUUUAGCUCCAAUACUCUACCAUGGAUUGUUACACCUCGGCCACGCUCUCUGCUUGCGUAUAAUGUCGCGCAAGCGCAAGUCUACUUCUACGAUAUAUACAAGCCACACAAGCCACAAACGAAAGAAACGCUGGAGAACCCAGCACGUCGUUCAUUCUAGCGACAACGAGGCAGACACCGAUAGCGAAGCUCUGAGUGCAGACGAGUGGCUUAUCAACUGUAUACUUGACGAGACCGAAUCGCAAUACUUGAUUGACUGGGAAGGACCUUGGACGCCUACUUGGGAACCGAAGGAAAACGCCAACAACGUUGCCGUGCAGGUCUGGGAGGACAAAAAGCGAAGAGAUCAGGCCCAGGAGGAAUUUGUUCGAAGUAACACUCCACCACUACCAUCACCAUCACCGCCACCCGUCUCCAGUGUUCAAGAACACAGUAGAGACUCUUUAAGCCCAAGACCCAGUCAGCCCCAGACUGAAGCCCCGACUGACGAAUCCCGGUCUAGACAGUCCUCGACCCCCCCUCUCUUUGUUUCGCCUAGCACCGUACCUGAAACUACCCUGUGUCUGGAUGACUAA